AUGAAGUUGUCGCAGUACACGGCUGGAAUUGUACGAAAGUCCCGACGAGAAAAGGAACAAGAAGCCGCAGAUGCGAAGAAACGGGAAGAAGAAGCUAGUGCUGCUCAAGUCUACGCAGAGUAUGUGAACGCGUUUGAGGGUGAAGAUAUUGGAAGACGAUCAUCAGGGUCAGCAUUUGUGAGGGCGGAAUCUAAUACAGCAUAUGCCCCUUCUAUGUCGUCUUCCGAGCGUCGAAUAUCACGCAGAUCUCCAUCUCCAUCUACGACGUCUGCGCCUAAACCAAAAGGCAAAAGGGCCAUGGAUUCAUUUCUUGAAGAAAUCAAAAAAGAGCAGGCGGAACGAGAGGCUAAAUAUUCACGUCAUAGUCAUGGUGGGCACGGCCGUUCGGUCACUGCUAUGGCUGCUUACGAAGGACAGAGCGGAAGCAAAGACCGUGGCGAUCCCCAAACGACGAAUCUUUUCGUUGCAAAUCUCCCUCAGCAUGUGACAGAACCGAACUUGGGCAAGUUCUUUGCGCGAGCUGGGCCAGUAGGCUCGGUUAAAAUUAUGUGGCCACGCGCUGACCUACCUCCCCCUCCCGGGUCGGACUCUUCACGAAGAUCGAAAGGUCCAAUUCUCAAUGGUUUCGUAUCGUUUAUGAACAGGCGAGAUGCUGAAGACGCUCUACGAGAAUUUGAUGGUUACGAUUGGGGAGGAUACGUCCUUAGAGUUGGCUGGAGCAAAGCAGUCCCUAUUGCCUCCAAGCCAUUGUAUGUAUCCUCGAACCGAAUCAGAGACAGAGGCAGUCGUAGCCGUAGUCGAAGUAGAUCUCGAACUCCCGAACGACAUUCGGGACGAAAUCGUGAUAUGCGUUCUCGGCGGUCGAGAAGUCCGUCAUGGGACAGGCAUCGCUCUCGUUCUCCGAGACAUCGUAGGUCAUAUAGCAGGUCACGUCGGUAUUCGAGCUCUCGUAGUCGUUCUCCCCGGAGAAAUUAUUCUCGAAGUCCUCAACGUACACUCCCUGACGAGGGUGAAGCGGUAACAGAUACUUUCAUCCGAGCUGUUGCGUUUGAGGUCAAAGGGCACGAUGCUAAAUAUGAAGAAACUUUACGAGAACGUGAAAAGGCGAAUCCAAAGUACAAUUUUCUUCUGCAACGAGACCAUCGAAGGCACGCAUAUUACAAAGGUCUUGUUGAAUCUCAGGAACCGUUUAAGCCAGCUUUUGAUGAUGAGGGAUACAAUUCUGUUUAUUCGAGUGACUCCGCUGAGGAAUCAGAGCGUGAACACACCCGAAAAAAUGCUCUAGGACCCGCAGCACGAAAACGUUUUGAAGCUAUGCUACGGGCACUUGCUGGAAAGCGUGGUGAGAUUGCCCGUUGUAUGACAUUUUGCCUUGAACAUGGAGAAGCAGCACAUGAGGUUGCGGAUAUCAUCGUGUCAUCGUUGCUUGUAGAUGGUACUGCUGUCCCUCGUAAAGUUGCGCGUCUGCAUUUGAUUUGUGAUAUUCUGCACAAUUCAGCAGCUUCGGUGCCUAGUGCUUGGAAAUAUCGUCAAGAAUUUCAGUCACGACUAGGAAUAGUAUUCGACCAUUUGGCCAACAUCUAUCACUCAUUUCCUGGUCGAAUAACCGCUGAUUUGUUCAAGAAGCAAAUCACGACUGUCGUUGAUAUUUGGGAAGACUGGAUUGUUUUCCCACCUGAUUUUACGACGGAGCUUAGGACGAGACUCGAAGGAGCUGUUAUUCCCACAAAUGAUAUUGUUGAUGAGGAGGAAUGCAUCAUUCAACCACCAGCUGCGGAGACAUUUUCGUCACGAUUCAAAACCAGCAGCUUCCAGCUCGCUGCACCCACCGAAGUCGUCUCAGCACAGGCGAGCGAUGGCGACGGCGAGCCUAUGGAUGUUAGUAGUGAUGACGACAAAGGAGCGAGCGAUCUGGAUGGUGAACCAGUCGAAGAUCUUGACAUUGAUGGGGUGCCAAUGGAUGACAUUGACGGUGUGCCAAUAGAAGUGGCAGGGGACCAGGUCGAAGACGAUCUUGAUGGCCAACCAAUCAGAGAUGAUGUCGACGGAGUUCCCAUUGACGAUGACAUUGAUGGACUUCCACUAAACGAAACCUCAUGA